AAAAUUUUGACACAAGAAAUGGCAGACGAUUUUAACGGCAUUUUUAAAAAUGGGGAUUCAGUUCAAUAUUUGUCUCGAUGUCUCGACGUGGUUUCGGUUUUAAUCUGAUUACCAAGAUCGUUAUCACCUUUAAGUCCUUGCAGUUGACUGUUGUAUUUGAUUGCCCUAGUUUGAUUUUCAUGUGACGUUUUCUAACAAUGAAUUAUAACGGUGAAACUAUGACUUCUUCUCGAAGAAAAUUGGCGUUGAAGACCCAGCCUGGAGAUCUUUCAAAAGCCCUUAUUCUCUACCAACCUUUCCCAGGAAAACUGAGCUUCGGGAGGAAUUUAGCAUUGUCGACUGACCCAGUGAAGGAGUGUAAGCCAGACAUCCAACAAUUAAAAUCUCAAUGUGAAACAAAAACCAAGAAACAGAACAAUCAAACAUGUGAUAAAUCUGAUCCAAAGAAGCUCAGUCCUGGUAACAGGUUUUCAUUGGGUUUUGUAGUGGUUGCAGUUGUGAUAUUUUCACUAAUCAGCUCAAUUAUUAGGGAUGAUGAUAUAUGUGAAUCUUCAAAUUCCAUGACAAUUGACCUCAAGUUACUGAGUAGUGAAUUAAAAACUAACCUAUUUGGGCAGGAACUAGCAGUUACAACCAUUGCUAAUGUUCUGGAGGAAUUUCAGGUGACAGUUGAACAACUGACAGUGCUUGUCCUUUUGGGUGGAUCUGGAACAGGGAAAACGUGGACAAAUCACUUAAUUGGCAAUUCGUUGCCCGAACAUGCGAAUCAAGCGACAUUACAUCUCGGACCUUGGUCAAGUUCGCAAGAAAUCGAGAGGGCUUUCAAGAGUCUGGAAUGCUGCCGUUGGAAUUUCUUCUUCAUUGAAGAUUCAGACUAUGCGGACAAUCAGCAGAUUGAAACUGUGCUUGAUUGGGCGGUUUACGUUAACCAGAAUAUAUCAUGUUCUCAUCGAAAAAUCGUUGUGAUCCUGACGAGUAAUUAUGGCCAAAAAGAAUUUGCCGAAUUACUUUUACAAGAACGCGAAAAUUCGGGUACGAGAUGGACUAUGAAUCUCGUCAAUCUUCAAGAGGCCGCUAGUAAGUUGACCUCCCCUCUGAUCAAUGCUUUUGCCCAACGGAGACUUCACUUCACUCCUGUUCCUUACCUGCCUCUUGAGAAGAUGCAAUUAGAGCAAUGUAUUCGCCAGGAUCUGAUGUUUAAGAAGAAAUCGGCCCCUGUUGAUGUGAUAAAUAAAAUCACGCAACAUUUUCAAUUCGUGCCUCCCCAAAAGAAAUAUUUCGUCACUUCGGGCUGUAAAACUGUAUCUACAUUUGUCAAUCUAUAUUCGUAACAAAGUCUGUAGUAAAGAGGAAAGGUUUUUAUUGUGUGUUUAUCGAUGAAUUCAGAAUACAACAUUCGAAACGUAA